GUCAGAGGAGAACGCGGUGGAGAUGCCCUUCGUGAUGGCCGUUACUGUUAAAGACGAACACGGAAACAUCGACCUGGGAGCAAUCACUGAGAGAGCGCAGCUGGAAGCUUCUCAGCCGCCGACGUCCGACCUGCAGCCGCCGAAGGUUUCCGGCUCGUCUGACUUCCUCCUGCAGAACGUCACCUGGAAAUACUUUGUGUGCAACACCUGCGGCAAAUCCUUCACGACUCAGAGCAACCUCAAGUCUCACCACCGCAUCCACACGGGCGAGAAGCCGUUUGCCUGCACCGUCUGCGGCCACGCCUUUCGGCAGCGACAGAGCCUGCAGAGCCACAUGCGAACGCACACCGGCGAGCGGCCGUUCGAGUGUCCGCAGUGCGGGAAACGUUUUUCGAAGCAGGCGCAGCUGAAGACGCACGCCGUGGUCCACACCGGAGAGAAGCCGUAUGGCUGCGACGUGUGCGGCCGCCGCUUCAACCUGCUGCAGAACCUGCACCGCCACGCACACACCCACACCGGCAAGAAGAUCUACGUCUGCUCCGUGUGCGGGAAAGGCUUCACUCGCGCCGUCACGCUGAAGACGCACCAGCUCAUCCACACCGGACAGAAGCCCUUCAAGUGCGAGCAGUGCCCCAAAACCUUCCGACACGCCGUCAACCUCAAGAACCACCAGCGCAUCCACAGCGGCCUGCGACCGUUCAGCUGCGACCUCUGCGGGAAGAGCUUCCGGCAGGCGGUGAACCUGAAGAUCCACCGCAGGAUCCACACCGGCGAGCGGCCCUUCAGCUGCCAGGAGUGCGGCAAGACGUUCAGCCAGCAGAGCAGCCUGAUCUCUCACGGCCGGACUCACUCCACCGAGAAGCCGUUCGAGUGCAGCUCCUGCGACAAGAAGUUCAACAACGCCAACAGCCUGAAGCUGCACCUGCGCGUCCACACUGGAGAGAAGCCGUACGGCUGCGACAUCUGCGGGAAGAGCUUCAGCCAGGGCAGCCACCUGAGGACGCACAAGAGACACGUCCACGCCGGCGGGAAGCAGUUCAUCUGCGACAAAUGCGGCAAGAGAUACUCGGACCAGCGCAACCUGAAGCUGCACAAGUGCAGCUACGCGUGAACGGACCGAUGCUUCUACAGGGACUUCUGAACAGAGAACGGGAUUAAAUGAUUUCUUCUUGAUAGAAUUUAUUUUUUCAAUUCUUGGAAAAUGGUGGACCAAUCAGAGCUCAGACAUGCUGGAGUGGGCGGAGCCUCUGGUCCAGCAAAUAGACACAAACCUGCUUGUUUUCUCCUGUUGUACCCAGGAGCCUCAGUGGCUGUUGCCAUGGAGACGACUCCCACCAGGGCUGGGACCCGCCCAUCCUAAUGCUGCUCUCUGAUUGGUUGAAGCUGUGGCUUUAAGUUAAUCAUGAAUGUUUGUGUAAAUGUGUACAUACGCACAUUUUAUAAUUUUAUAAAUGAUAUUUUUCAUGUGUUUGGGAAAUCUAAAUAAACGCUACAAACAUCUGCA